AAAACUUGUAUCCUAAAUCCUCAAAUAGAUAACUCAAAAGUCCCUUUUAAUUCUAUCCCCAAACAAACUCGCCUCUCCUUCUCGAUGCAAUUAUUAGGGUUUCUGUUCUCACAGUUCCAAAAUCAGUAAUAAGCUAGCGCCUUACUUCUCAGAGCAAAAUCGAGGAAAAUUGAGAGCAUAAUCGGGGGACAUAAUUGAGAUGAUCGAACUUAAAAUCUACAUUCAGUGGCUCUAUUUAGGUUAGCAAAGAAAUGUUGCUCAUGAAUUUAUAUUUAUAUAUCUAUAUAAAAGCAGGCCAUAGGCCCGCUGACGUGGCGCAACACAGAUGCAGAGAUUACAUUUAUCUUUACCACAAUUUUUUGCAAAUUCCUUUGGAAAAAAACCCCAGAAACAUAAAACACUACCUUUUCUCGCUCGACGCAACGUUUCAAGUUUCCCUCCUCAGUUAUCUAUCCAAAUAUGGCACUUCAUCGGUGCCUCACUAUUUCCAGUUAGAAUUGGAAUCAGCACGGAAUUAGAAGACCUACACGUACAUUCAACUCCACAAUUAAACCUCUUCCAAGUUUAAUUGAUAGAUACAUACAUUGGAGGCUCUGGUGGGGUUGCAAACUUGACCGUUUAUUGCUUCGUGUUGUGCCCCAACUGUUGUCAACACGUUUUUGGAGGAUUGAUUCCAAGUGGUGUUUUAAAUUCUGAAGAAGUAACUUCUGACACCCAUAGAGUGUUCGAUGAAAUGGCCCAUAGGGAAACCUUUCGCACUGCUCCAGAAAAUGUCGCCAGUGAUGCUGCGAAAGUGUAUCUUCAGAAGCUAUGACUUCUUUAGUUAUAUUUGGAGCACGAAAAUUUUUGCCCCAUUCGUUUCAAGAAUCGAAUGUGUUUUUUUUGAAUUUUUGUUGUCUUUUAGUUUUACAAUAAGUUAUGUUUCCUGUUUUAUGGUGCGUGAUUGAUGGAUGGACUAUCAUUUUUAUGGUUACUAAUUAUUUAUUGGUAAUAUUACUUCUUAUUUGAAGAAGCAUAUGUGUUCUUACUGGGUAGUUUUCAAAGUCCUUAUUAUUUAUGUCAUGGCAUUUGAUUUUGAUGGUGUUGUUGGAUGUUUGAUUAGGAACAUGAAAGGAAGAUGGAGCAAAUUGGCUACAGCUUUCAUCAAAGUAGUAAGGCACCAAAAAAAAAAGGAUGAAUGUUUGGCGGAUUAUUGCAGACCAUUUGUCCAUCAACGGCACCAAUGGAUUGGAAGAGGCUACACGAACUCACAGGGAAGAUACUACCUACAAGGCAAUCGUGAGGGCAUCGGAAGUGAGGCAGAGACUGCAAAGAGAGAAGAAAUUUUGUUGGAACUUGAUCAGGAUUUUGACGGACAUGAACAGCUCACAAAUGCGGAUUCAAUAUCAGAAAAUAUAAAAAUAAAGCAAGAACAACUAAAAACCGAAAUUUAUACAGGAGUUUUGCUACAUCCUUCAUGCAAAGAAGGACAACACAUAUAUUGGUUUUUGUAUAUAUAUUAUGUUCUCACAUGUAUGACUUUUGAAUAACAUUGUUAGGUAUGAACUCUUAUUAAUGCCAUCUUCUUUCUACUUUUUAGCUUGUAUGGAUUCCCUGUCUCCUUUGUUGUGGUUCAUAGUGCAAAAUAACUUAUUUGUUGAAUAGAAGUAUCCAUGUUAUAUUGUUGUGCU